GCACUCACUUCCGCCGAGGGGGACGAAUUCAAAGGCACUUCCGCUUGGGCAAAAAAAAUGGCGGCUCCCGUUUCAGACUCACGUGUUGGUGUUGGGAAGAAGCAGAAAAAGUUACGGAAGAGGAAAAGAACGAAGAUGGUAGAGAUGGCGUUGUCGUCUGAGUCGGAGCCGGAGCAGGAGGGAGACGGUGUCCUCGCCCGCCGCGAUUCUGUAGGAAGCUUGGGAGUUUCCAAAGACCAUUUUUCUUCUGAUGAAGCAAUUGAAGGUGAUAAUGAAGAUGAUACAGCUUAUGACAAAGAAAAUGAGAGUGCAGCAGAAUCUAAUAUUGGUACUAAUGCAGGCUGGGCAGAUGCCAUGGCUAAAAUUCUUAACAAAAAAAUUCCUAAAAGUAAGCCUACUAUCCUCAUCAAAAACAAAGAGCUGGAGAAGGAAAAAGAGAAAGAAAAACAAGAAAGAUUGGAGAAAAGAAAACAGCUUGAUAAGAAGCGGGAGUGGGAAAUGAUGUGCAGAGUAAAGCCAGAUGUUGUCAAAGACAAAGAAGUAGAGAGGAAUCUUCAGAGAAUUGCUACGAGAGGUGUGGUGCAGUUAUUCAAUGCUGUUCGGAAGCACCAGAAGAAUGUUGAUGAAAAACUGAAAGAAGUUGGAGGUUCUGUGAGAAAACGUGCAAAGUUGAUGUCAACAGUCACCAAGAAAGAUUUCAUUAGUGUUCUCAGAGGAGUAGAUGAAAGCAAAGACAGCAGGAGUUCCACAGACCAAAAUUCAAAAGACAAACAGGCCAAAGGGAAAUCAGAACAGGGCUCAAGCUGGAAUAUAUUGCGUGAUGACUUUAUGAUGGGAGCAACAAUGAAAGACUGGGAUAAAGAGAGUGAUGAACCAGAUAACGCAGAAUGAAGUUCUAAAAAUGACUAACAAAUAACACCAUGAAGAUUGGGAUGCUUGAUAAAUUUAUUUUUCUGGAUAAAAUUAUUUAUCAUCUAAUUGAAUUUUGCAAUAUGGAGGUGGUAAUGCAGAUGCUGUUUAAAGAAAAAACAACAAACUUCACGUUUAUUCUUUCAUUUUACUUAAUUUUUUCUUUGCAUCAAAAUCCAAAACUAUUUUCCAAAAGUUACAAUUUUUAGCAGUACCCCCAAAGGGUAGUGCAACAAAAUUCAAAAUAGUGCCUCUUGGCAUGUUGUGCCAAGUUCGUUACAAGUUUAAAUAUUAUUUGUGAGUUCUGAUCUGUUCUUGCAUUUCCAAAUUAGUAAUAUACCUAAAAAUAUUGUUACCUGCUGGUAAUGAAGAUGUUUUAUAUUUAAUUUUUUAUUAAUGUUAACUACAUAAAUUCUAUGAUUCUGCAAGUUAGUGUGAGUGCUUAUUUUGAAUAAAUGUCUUUUGUAUACAGUAUCAUUCUUCUUUUAGAGGGAUUGAGGGGAAAAUAUAGAUAAUAAAACAGUUAAAAUUAUAGUUCUGAUUUUGAUUGAUUCAAUUUGAGUGCCAUGGAAAUUUAAUUUUUAAAAAUGAGGGUAAAGAAUUCUUUCUCGUAUUCUCUAGGUUUAUUUUAAAUAUGAAAUUAAUUUGGAGACAGGACUUCCAUUGUUUCAGUUUGCAAAAAAAUAAAUCAAACAUGUCUUAAAGAGGAGGUGAUAGGUUUGAGAUUUUUUGUUGUUUUUUGGAGGGAAGCAAUAUGCAUUUUUUUUUCUUAAUCUGGUUUAGUUUGGGGGAAGGAAGGAUAGUUUUGACUUAUAGCAAUGUACAUUAUAAAACUGGAAAUGUUGAUGUAAUUCACUGUACCAUAGUUACUACAAAGAUUAAUAAUUUGGAUGAUGUUGCCUAACAAGUAGUAGUGAUGAAAAAUAAAUUGGCUUAUAGGACAAAAAGUGCUACUAGGUUGAUAUUGAUGCUAAAUUGUUAAAAUUAAAGCUCAUACCUUUCAUUUCUCUUAACAAAGUAAAAUACAAGAGUGUAAGCUUCAAUGAAGGCUCUUUCAUAUUAUUUUGCUUAACAUUUGUGCAAGAUUGUACUUUGUGAAUAGUUUAGUGGGAGUUUGAAUCCUCUGAUUUAAUUUCUUUUUUUUUUCAUCAUCACAACUAACAUUUUUUUAAAAAGAAAAGAAAUUAAAUUAGAGGAUUCAACGUUCCUUGAUGAAGUAUUUAGCAACUUUGGUCAAGUUUUUAAAAUCCAUCCCAUUCUCUAUCUUUGCCCAUUAAGAAUAGUUCCAUUGUUAUCCAUAGUAAAUUUGGAUCUGGAAUAUACUGUAUCUUAAUCUUUCCAAAAAACCCUUCAAACUUAGGAGCAGAAAUUUGUUUUCAAGCUAAUUUGAGUGUUAAAAAUAUUAAAUAUCUAAAGACACAUUAGCACACAUCUUGAUAUUUAUUAUCAUAAAGUAACAUACACACCCAGAAUAUCCAAAGCUCAAGAUGCAUUAAUCCUCACUUCUGAUCACUUAAAAUAUUAUUAAAUUGUGGAACUGGUAUCAUGGUAGUAUAACAUAAACAAACAUACUGUCACUGUUAACAUAAUUAGAACUUAAUAAGUAAAAUUAUGAAGUCCUAAUACAGAUUCACAUGACAGUCAAUUGUUUGUUACAUUCUUUAUAGCACCCAGAGAUUUUGGUUUUUGCUUUUUAAUUAACCUGUUGUAAUUCUUGAAAUACAUGGAUUCUCUUGCCACUAAACUCUUAAAAUAAGCAAGUAUUCUGUAGAAAAUCAUAUUAACAUGCUAGAAUCUAAUGAGCUUUAAUUUUUUGUUCAACUAAAAGUUGUUUUGAAGGGAUAUAUCCUUCAAGAACCUGUGGUUUUCUUUUUCAAAGUCAUACUAGUAGUGCAACUUUGCAAGCAAGGGAGAGGGUUACUAUUUGGAAAUUGUAUUCUCUCAAAUUUGAAACAGAUCCUAAUUCUUAGAAACUUGGAGAUAAUUCAGCAAAACAUGCUAUGGUGCUAACUUUAUCUUAAGUUCUUAAUUACUUUUUUAAAUGGAGAAUUGAUAGGCCACUUACACAUAAACUGUCCUAAAUGUGAUGAAACAGGCAUUCCAAAUAUAUAAACAGAUUUUACCUGAAAAACAGAGUUUUCUGUAUUUGUAUAGAUUUAUCAAAAGAUUGCUUGGUAUGAAUAUGAACCUAACAAUGAAUGUCGUAAAAGAAAUGAAAAUAGAACCAAAGUUCUUUUUAGCUAUUCCCAUCUACAUCCAUGUUACAAAAUUGUAUGUAUUAGGAAUUCAAUUUCGUCAUUAAUCAUAUUGAGGGGAGGAAGAAUGAAAUGGCUGCAUUUCUUUUUUCCAUAGGAAAAGCUUUAGUUACCCUCUUAUACAACCAUUUUCUCACAUUUCAGUGGCAGAUUGUUAACAAUUAUUUAUUCAUCUGAAUAUCACAAUGUUAGAACCACAUUUUGCAUUUAUUUAGGUCUGUAUGAGAGUAGAGGCUGAUUUGUUAUUUAUAAAACUUGAAGAGUAACCAUAAUUUUCAAAUUAUUCUUGUUUUUUAUUCCUUUGCUUAUAUAUUUACAGAGAAGCAUUCUCAGCAUAAAGCGUUAGUUGACUAUUGUUAAUUUAUUAAACAGUAACCCAGAAGUUGAAAUAGUUUUGCUUUUUUUUGUACAUGAAAUAUGUUUCGAAUAAGUCAUUUUGACAGUCUAGUGUGGCAGAUUAGCCACUUAUAUUUAUAGAGGCAGUGUUGCAUAAUGGUUAGAGGAUUAAGGAUUUAAAAUUAAGAAGACCUGUGUUCUCUCUUUGGCACAUAACUAGUUAUAUGACCUUAGACAAGUCACUUAAUUUUUAGUGCCCCAGGCAUUUCUCUAAUACUUGCAGUUACUUAUAAAUUGUAUGGCUUCAUCAAGAUGGAGUCUCCAUAUUGUGAAAUUUUUGUAUAGAUGAAAUAUGACAGGUCUUAAGCCAUUUCUCUACUUCCCUAUCAAAAAAAAAAAGACAAAAACUU